CCUUGUGAGAAAGGUCCUUUUAAAAAAAAGGUGACACAGAUCCUUUUAUGGCGUUUUGGUUGUGAGGAGGGUAUUUUGACCAAACUCCGGCGUUGACCUUGAUAUUCCGGCCAUAAAAUGUCGCGUGCAGGUCACGUGACCUCUUAAAUGAAUUUUUAUUUUUUUUCUUCUUUUUUUCCUUUUCCCUCUUCUUCCUCGAUUUUUUCUUUCCCCUACAAUUUCCCUCCCUUAUUUCCAUUAAACAUCUUCACAUGACUAGUAGCUAUCACCAUUGAUAGCAAAUUAAUGGUGAAUUGCAAUCUGGUAGGAGAUUAUCUUCCUUUUCAUGAAAAGGAAGUUAAGUUAAUCUCCUACCAGAUUGCAGGGAAAAGGAAGUUAAUCUCCUCUCAGAUUGCAAUUCACCAUUAAUUUGCCAUUAAUGGUGGUAGCUACUAGUCAUGUCAAGAUGUUUAAUGGAAAUAAGGGAGGGAAAUUGUAGGGGAAAAGGGAAAUCGAGGAAGAAGAGGGAAAGGGAAAAAAAGAAAAAAAAUAAAUUUCAUUUAAGAGGUUACGUAACCGGCAUGUGAUAUUUUAUGGCAGGAAUAUCAAGGUCAACGUCGGAGUUUGGUCAAAGGACCCUCCUCACAACCAAAACGCCAUAAAAGGACCUUCUGUGCCACCUUUUUUCUUAAAAGGACCUUCCUCACAAGGUCGACUACUUAAAAGGACCUUCCUUGCAAUUUUUUGUUGUUCUAAAAUCUGAAUGUAGUAUUAUAAAUAGGAUAGAGGAGGCUCAUGCAAAAGCAUAAACUCUCCUUCAAAUACAACAUUUUCUUAAAUUACUCCCCUUUUUCUCUUCAAAAAAAAAAAUUAAUUGUUACAAAAAAAAGCUAGAGAAAAAUAUUUCUUGCCAAAAGAAACAAGAAUAUAGUUGUAUAUUAUUACGAGCUAAUAAUAAUGUGGAAGCUAAAGAUAGCAGAAGGAAAGGAUCCAUGGCUAGUGAGCAUAAACGAUCACGUUGGUCGACAACAUUGGGAGUUCGAUCAUGAGGCCGGAACACCGGAGGAACGAGCUGAGGUCGAGAUGGUUAGAGAGGAAUUCAAGAAGAAUCGGUUCAAGAAUAGGCAAAGUGCUGAUCUCUUGAUGAGAAUGCAGUUGAGAAAAGAAAACACAAGUUUAGCAAUACCUAAAGGAAUCAAACUGAAGGAAACAGAGGAGAUAACAGAGGAAGCAAUGGAUACAACACUCAAGAGGUCCAUCAAUUUCUUCUCCAGUAUACAGGCCCAUGAUGGUCACUGGCCCGCUGAAUCUGCCGGCCCAUUAUUCUUCCUUCCUCCACUGGUAAUAGCCUUGCACAUUACAGGAGCAACAAAUGCAAUUUUAUCUCCAGAGCACCAGAAAGAAAUCAAGCGUUACAUCUACAAUCACCAGAAUGAAGAUGGAGGAUGGGGACUUCACAUAGAAGGCAAUAGCACAAUGUUUGGUUCGGCAAUUAGCUACAUCGCCCUUAGGCUGCUCGGAGAAGGCCCUGAUGAUGGCGAAGAUAACGCGGUUGCAAGAGGCCGUCAAUGGAUCCUUGACCAUGGUGGUGCCACUGCCAUCCCAUCUUGGGGAAAAUUUUGGCUCACGGUGCUUGGAGCUUACGAGUGGGAUGGGUGCAACCCAAUGCCACCAGAAUUUUGGCUACUCCCUGAGAUUUCACCUAUACAUCCAGGGAAAAUGUUGUGCUAUUGUAGGUUGGUGUAUAUGCCAAUGUCAUAUCUUUAUGGUAAGAGAUUUGUUGGUCCAAUUACUCCACUCAUUCUGUCACUAAGAACGGAGCUAUAUAAUGAACCUUACAAUGAAAUAAAUUGGAACAAGGCUAGAAACACUUGUGCUAAGGAAGACCUUUACUAUCCACAUCCCUUAGUACAAGACAUGGUAUGGGGAUUUCUUCACAACUUUGUCGAGCCAGUACUCAACCGUUGGCCCUUCUCGAAGUUGAGAGAAAAGUCGAUGAAGAUCGCUAUGGGACACGUACACUAUGAGGACCUGAAUAGUAGAUAUCUCUGCAUUGGAUGUGUGGAUGAAUAUGUUUUUGUCUUCAGAAAUUCAAUCCUACAGAGUUCUUUGAAGAUGUUCUUAUCGAAAGAGAGUAAGUAUGUCGAGUGCACUUCUUCAGCAAUCCAAGGUUUAACACUCUUCAAGCAGCUAUACCCUGGACAUAGAAAGAAAGAAAUUGAAAAGAGCAUUGCUAAAGGGAUACAUUACGUUGAAGAGACACAAAACUCUGAUGGUUCUUGGUAUGGUUGUUGGGGGAUUUGUUAUACAUAUGGAACAUGGUUUGGAGUAGAGGCAUUAGCGUCUUCUGGGAAAAACUACAACAAUAGCCUUGCAUUGCGCAAGGCUUGUCAUUUUUUGCUCUCAAAGCAAUUACCUGAUGGUGGAUGGGGGGAGAAUUACCUCUCUAGCCCAAUUAUUGUUAAUCAAGUUUACACGAAUUUAGAAGGGAACAAGUCGAAUUUGGUGCAAACUUCAUGGGCAUUGUUGUCCCUUAUUAAAGCAGGAUUUGGUGAUGUAGAUCCUACUCCCAUAGAACGAGGAAUAAGAGUUCUAAUAAACUCACAGAUGGAUGAUGGAGACUUUCCACAACAGGAAAUCACUAGAGUAUUCAUGAAGACUUGCACCCUAAAUUAUUCUUCAUAUCGAAACAUCUUCCCCAUAUGGGCUCUUGGAGAAUACCGUCAUCUACAAGCAAGGAAACCAAUUAGGUUUUAAGCUCAAAGCACCCCGACUAAAUCGAUCUUCAAGAUGGAUAUAACAAUUCAUCUCUCAGAGAUCAAAUUCAUGUAUAAUUGACUUGUAAUAUAAUGCUAAAUUAAGUUCUAAUGAAGUAAUUAAUUAGUUAUGAGUUAGUAGAAAAACAAUAUAGUUGUUCGUUGUGUAUGUGAUGAAAUUUAAUAGCUAACUCAUUUAUAUAGUUUUUCUAGUCCUUUUAUCUUGUAAUCAAUUUUUUUUAAUCUAAAGUACUUGUCAUGUUUGUCAAACUCCU